GCGUUGCAGUGGUGUGGUGACGAUGUCUGGUCGCGGCAAAGGCGGGAAGGGUCUGGGCAAGGGGGGCGCCAAGCGCCACCGCAAGGUGCUGCGCGACAACAUCCAGGGCAUCACGAAGCCCGCCAUCCGGCGGCUGGCCCGGCGCGGCGGCGUGAAGCGCAUCUCCGGGCUCAUCUACGAGGAGACCCGCGGGGUGCUCAAGGUGUUCCUGGAGAACGUGAUCCGGGACGCCGUCACCUACACGGAGCACGCCAAGCGCAAGACGGUCACGGCCAUGGACGUGGUGUACGCGCUCAAGCGCCAGGGCCGCACUCUCUAUGGCUUCGGGGGCUAAGUAUUUCCUUCACGCUAUCAAAAGCAUACGAUUCUCACCCAAAGGCCCUUUUCAGGGCCACCUAUUUAAUCACAGAAAGAGUUGGUACGCUUUUUGGUUCUGCUGUUUAUUUAAAAUUUUUCCAGGCUGUGAGGUUCAAUCCGUGAAAGGUAGUGUGGAGAGAUCGCCUGCGUGCUUUCUCUAGGCCGUUUUCCUCCAGGACCCGUUUUUUUCCCCCGGUUUCAAAAGCAUCUUCUUGGCAGCUGUCCAUGUUCAGGUUUGUUCUACCAAGUCUGGGCUCAUCUCAGUCUUCAGACACCAUUCCCUGUUCUCCACUUAAGUCUCUGUUACAGAUGAGCGUUCCAACGUCCCCCCCUCACAAUCCUGUGAGUUGUUUUUUAAACCAGGGUCUUCGUGAUUGAAACCCCGCCUUCUCAGCCUGUCUGCUGUUGAGAGGAACGCUGUCCUGCGGUGGGUUAUCUGUAUCCUGUUCUUAAGCUGCUGGAAACCUUGUACUAACCGCCAGCAUUUCACUCUAUCUUCUGAUGUCCUGGUGUAUUUGUUUUUUUGAAGAGUCUUGGGGAUGUUUGCAAUGUACUCUGGUCUUUAUCCUCUGAAGGCUGUUCAUGAUAAAGGCGUAGCUGGACUACUAGCUUUGUAACCCCAGGCAACAGGUGCUGGCCUUUCUGGCUACAGGUGAGCACGUGGAAGAGUCAGGAAGUCAGCGGAACUCAUUCCCAGGUGUGGGCUUUAAAACCUCCCCUCUUGCCUCCAGAUAAGGUUUGGAUCUUGUUUGUCCUCACAAGACCUCAGGCCUGGGGGAUAGCACAGCAACGACUCGAGGGAGAGUCCUGGAUUGAUCAGCAGCAGCUGAGUAAUUCACAACAGAUGUGUCCUGUGACAUGAAUAAUUGUCCUUAAGCUAAUUUAUGGAGUCUCGGUUACAGCCCUUCACUUUACACACCAAACACGGAUUUGUUUUCUCAGUUUGUGAAGCAGUGUGGACAGUCCCUCUGUCCACCUGACAGCGCUUUAAGGAAAGCUGAUUCCAAAUGGGUCUGUUUCCUGUGUUCCUGUGUGUUGCGCCGUGUUCCAUUCUGGACAGGGCGCAGGGUAAGAGCUCAUGUUAGAAAUGCAUGGACUGUCCAAAUACUUUAGGCAGGUGUAAUCUGAAUAUUUGAAAGUGCUGUCCUCUUUAGCAGAGUUGAUCUUUACAAUAAGUGGAUGAAUAAGUCCUUUGAGAAUCUGUUAGAAAAUAUGCAUGUGGGCAUAGACAUUUCAUGGGAGUCACGUCCCCUCCGAGGCUCAUCCGAAGAAACCCCAGGGCUCCCUGGAUCCUUGUCAACAACCUGGAGUCUAGGACUUCAGGAUCUGGGAUCUAGAGAUGCAGAACUGAAGAGAGGAAAGGGCAGACCUAAUACAGAGAGCGCAUAUUGAACGAUAAUAUCCCAAUUUAUUCACUACGGGCCGUAGGCGUAUCUAUUCUCGAGAAGUGAGUUUGGAAAUGCAAGCUAGCCCCAUCUGAGAAAUUAUGAUUUUCAGAGGCCUGAAGUCCAAACUGACUGAAUCACACACGAUUUGGGAGUAAAUGAAAACAAUGAGGCAUGGAUUUGCAGCCCGGUUCAGGAAGAAGUCCAUGAAUCUUCUUAGU